AUGUUCAGAAGAGAGCUCAACCUCAAUGAAACACUGGAACCUGAGAUUGAAGCUCCAAAUGUCUAUGCCAGAAAAGGUAAACAGAAAGCAAAGCGCCAUGCCCAAGAUCAAUUGAAACAAAAAUGGGAAGAUAAACCAGUGCAUGGGCAAUACCCAAAAAUAGUAAUGGAGACUUGAAGAUGUGGACUAUCAAAUGACCAACCAAUGGCUUAAGAGAGCUGGGCGCAAGUCCGAAACAGAGGGCUUUAUCAUUAAUGCCCACGAUCAGGCCGUCAAGAGCAACUACUAUAGUAGCAAUUGCAAGAUCCUAAAAGAUGGUACAGAUCAGACCCAAUGUGCAGAAUUUGUGGUCAAUUUCAGGAAACUAUUGACCAUAUUGUGGCAGGGUGCCCUGAGCUGGCCAAAACUGAAUACCUACACAGACGCAAUAAAGCCACAACGUUCACUGGAACUUACAUACAUACAUACAUACAUACAUACAUACUUUAUUGUUACCUACCCAAAGGGGCUUUUCAAGAACAAAGAGAUGAAUAUAGACACAAACCAGAAAUGGUACGAACAUGAGCCCCAAACCGUAACAGCAAAAGACAACAUUACAAUCUUGUGGGAUAUGCCAAUACACACAUAUCGUGAGAUAAAGGCCAACAGACCAGACAUUGUAAUCAAGAACAAACAAGAAAAAAACUGCCUGCUCAUUGAUGUGUCCAUUAAGUUAAAGUAA